AUGGAAACCCGAGUACAAAGAAAAUUGGAAUUUCAAGUGAAGAAGUCCACCAGGUCGACAAGGGCCAAACAGCGAUCACAGAACAAAAGCAGAUCGCAGACCGAGUCUCCUAGAAAAAGAUACAGUGACGAUGAAAAUGAUGCUUCGCUAGCACUGAAAUGUUCUCCAACAAAGAAGUCUAAGGAGAGUAAGGAGACCCUUAACAGAUGUGGAGAAACACCGACUAGAUCAAGUCUUAGGACAAAACUGUACCCAAAGCAGUUACCAGACUCUGAAAAUGUGCUCCAGCCUGAAACAACAGGAAAGCUUACAGAUGGGAUUCUUUCCUCUCCAGCCAAACAAAAAACUACCAAAUCCACAACGUCAGAUGGAUCAAAGGCGAAGUCUCCACUUGGAGCUAGCAAGGGUGCUGAUAAAGAGAAUACACCAUUGAAGGCCAGAUUACCAGGUAUAUGUAGUGUAAAGCCUUUGUCAUCACCAGCAAGAAAACAAAUUUUACCAGAAGAGGAAAAAUUAUCAUCCCCAGUACUUAAACUCCAACGUCCAAAUGGACAAGCCUAUCAUAAAGCCAAGCAGACAUUUCACACAGCUAAACCUGACAGACUGGUCGGACGGGAGAGAGAGGUGGAAGAAAUUAACAAGUUUGUCAAAAAUCAUGUGUCAAACAAAACCUCGGGCAGUCUUUAUAUUUCUGGAGCCCCGGGGACAGGCAAAACAGCAUCACUGUCACACAUUUUAGACAACAUCAAAGCAUCUCACAGCUGUAAGAGUCUGUACUUGAACUGCAUGACAUUAAAAGACUCGGCAACAGUUUAUGGGAAGUUAUACACAGACUUGACUGGGAAAUCCCCACCAUCAGCCAAGGACAGACUUAGAGCUGUGGAGAAAUGUCUGACAACAACAGGACCCAGCAUAAUUAUGGUUUUGGAUGAAAUCGAUCAGCUGGACAGCAAAAACCAAGAAAUCCUUUACACAAUUUUUGAGUGGCCAUCUUUACAGAAAUCUCGACUUGUAUUGAUAGGUAUUGCCAAUGCCUUGGAUUUGACAGACAGGAUUUUGCCACGUCUACAAGCCAGGCCAAACUGCAAACCACAGCUGCUUAAUUUUGCUCCAUACAGUAAGGAACAGAUUGCAGCUAUACUUCAAGACCGAUUGCUCAUGCUUGAAAAAGAUGGUGUGUCUGUAAUGGAACCCAGUGCAGUGCAGUUUUGUGCCAGGAAGAUAUCGGCUGUGGCAGGAGACAUGAGGAAAGCACUGGAUGUAUGUCGCCGUGCCAUUGAAAUGGUGGAGCAUGAAGUUAAAGCGCAACAGGUCUUAAAAGUCUCUACAGCUGAUUGUCCAAACAGUCCCACCAAAAUCAACCCGCCAAUUAAGAAAAUAGGAGUCAUGCAAAUUUCCAAAGUGUUGUCAGAAGUGUACGGGUCUAGUUCGGCUUCAAACAGUCAAGAAAGCAUUCCUCUUCAACAGAAACUGAUUGUCUGCACACUGCUUCUUAUGGUGAAACAGGGAAAACUAAAAGAAGUCACCAUGGGCAAAUUACAUGACACAUAUACUAAGAUCUGUAAGAAAAGACAGAUGGCAGCAGUGGAUUACUCCGAGUACCAGGGGAUUAUCAGUCUACUGGAAACCAGGGGUAUUACAGGGAUCAAGAAAAUAAAGGAUGGGAGAAUGGCAAAGGUGGCACUCAAGCUGGAUGAAAAAGAACUUGAACACACUCUUCAAGACAAGGUUUUGAUGUCCUCAAUUCUACAAGAUGGUCUACCGUAGAUUCAUUGAUAGUAAUAACCCUUCUCCGUACAAUGUUUCAUGUAUUUGGUUUUACACAAUGGCUUUUAUUGAUAUGUCAUGAAGAACAGACAUCCCUGACUACAGACAGGGAAUAAAUAAUUAUAUUGAAUGUGAAUUAAAUGUAAUAUAUUAGAUCUUUGUAAUUUUUAAACUAUUUCUUAAUUUUUAUUUUUGGCAAUUCCUUAUUUUAAGAAUGAGAAACUUGUUGUCUUAUUUUGAUUUUACCUCACUUAAUUAUUUUGAAUGUUUGAUUAUAAAAGUUUUUAUUUAGUAUAAAAUAUUGUGUGUUUUGCGAAGUUUUUACAACUGAUCAUGAAUGAAUAUAAAAUUGAUGCUAUGGAUAGUAUACAGUGUGGAAGAUAUGUUUUGCCUGUAUUUAUAUGGUAUGUUGAAAUAUUCAAACAAAAUUUAGGAAGUAUUGUAAUUUAUAGCGUGGAAUAUCUGUUGCUUUGUGAAUGUGUAUUUAUUUUUCAAGAGUUCCAGUGGAAAUUGUUAGAAAUAAGCAUUGUAAGUCACAUUUAUUUCACAUGACUAUGUUGGAUAAAAGUAUACUAGGAUUAUUGGAGAUUAUUUGCCUUUUCCUUCAGAAUUGCAAGAAUAAUUUUUUUUUUUUACUAUUAGAUGCUAAUAAAAAACAAAGGGUUGGAAGGAAGGGUUUUUUUUUAACAUACAGGAAUCACUUUGAAAUACUAUGAAAUCACUAAUUUUCAUGGGGGUUUAAUUUUUGUUGUUUUCGAGGUUUGGAGAGACCCAUGAAUUUAAGACCACCAGGAAAUGUAAAAUUUCAUAUGCCUUACUACUAAACAUUCUCCAACCACAAAAUCAAAUCCCUACAAAUGAAAUUUUUUCCUCAAACCGCGAAUGAUUUUACAGUACAUAUUUUUAAAAACAGUUUGAAGCUCUUAAAAAAAAAAAAAUACAUAUUUUUCUUGCAUUCUACCCAGAGCUUUCAAAUAAAUGGCCUCUAUAAAGUGACAUUACAAACUAUAAACCAUUAGUCUUCAUAGAACUGUACAGACCUGCAAUUUCAGAUUUAAUUAACAACCACAAAAAGGGAGGGGUACAUGUAGGUGCAUGAAAUUGUCAGUUACGUUUAUAUCGGCAUGUAUAUAAAUAAAUCAACAUAAUUUAUAUCACUAUAUGUGUAUACAAUAUUUAUUUGAGAUUAUUUUGUAAAAGAUUUUUGAAUAAUUCAUUUUGAAUACAUGUAUCUGAUUUUGAUUUAUAAUAAAAUGUUGAGUUGAA